UAUCUUCUUAUCAUGUACAAAAACAUACAAACCAAUCCAACCAAAAUGGACACAUGUGCUUUCAAAUAUUCUCCACUCAAACAUCAAAUCACUUCCAUAACACAUCAUCACAACAAGACCGCCACUCGUUAUUUGACUAAUAACAAUAAUCCAUUCAAAGUGUUGUUGGCGAGUAACAACAAAAGCCAGGUGUCAUUUAAUGAAGCUGCAUAUGAAUCCGAAAGGCUUCGUUUGGAUGCUAAAGCAAGAGAAUCAAUGGCCAUUGAAGCAGCUGAGAAAGCAAGUAAAAAUGUUGAUGAUCCAAAAGCAUGGAAAUGGGUUAUUAGAAAAAAGGUUUGGGAUUUGAUGGAAGCUAAAAACAUUGCUCAGUUUCCUAGACCUGUUCAUCAUAGGAUUCCUAAUUUUGUUGGUGCCUCUGUUGCUGCUCACAAAAUGAGUAGGUUGGAGGUGUUUCUAGAGGCUCAAUGUGUGAAGGUGAACCCUGAUACACCUCAAAAGCAAGUCAGAUUUUUGACACUUAAUGGUGGAAAGAAACUACUUACUCCCCAGCCUCGUUUAAGGACCGGGUUUUUCUCAGUACUUGAAUCGAAUAAUUUAACUCCUAGUACCAUGAAUGAGGCAUGUACUUCUAUUGGGGUUGCAAAAUAUGGAAAGCCCAUUGGUUUGGAUGAGAAUAUUAAGGUUGAUGUCAUUGUGAUUGGCUCGGUCGCUGUUGAUCCAAUAACUGGGGCUCGACUUGGAAAGGGUGAGGGAUUUGCAGAACUUGAAUAUGGAAUGCUGCGUUACAUGGGAGCAAUUGACGACUCAACUCCAAUUAUAACAUCAGUGCAUGAUGAACAGCUGGUAGAUGAUAUUCCUGUCGAGAAGCUACUUAUCCAUGAUGUACCUGUUGACAUCAUAUGCACUCCAACCCAAGUUAUUUUUACAAACACACCCAUCCCGAAGCCUCAAGGAAUUUAUUGGGACAAAUUGUCACCUGAGAAGCUGGGUCAGAUCAAAGUUCUUAGAGAACUGAAAGCCAAAAUCGAAAGAGAAUCUGGGCGGAGACUUCCUAGUGGCCCUUCUGAAAAAUUGCCCCCGACUGCUAAAAGAGGAAGAAAGCGAUAGUUUACUUCUACAUUCUGAAACAAAAAAUGCAAAACAAUUUAAUAAGAGGAGUUUAUUCCUUUUUUUUGUAAAUUGUUCUUACGUUGUAAAUGAAUAGCUGAUAGUUCACUUCUUCAGCAAAUACCGAUCCCUUUUCGUGUGCACAAAAAUGCUACAUGAACUAGAAAGCAUAGGGUAGGGUCCAUAACUGUACGAUGUAACACAAACAGAUACUAUAAAUUUUGUGUAUUUGACUUUUUACAAAACAAAAACAAGUUCUACAUUGCUGAAA